UAUUAGAGGACCACUAAGGUCUAUAUAAAAGAGACUUCAGAUACAGUAUUAGGGGACCACUAAGGUCUAUAUAAAAGACACUUCAGAUACAGUAUUAGGGGCCACUAAGGUCUAUAUAAAAGAGACUUCAGUUACAGUAUUAGGAACCACUAAGGUCUAUAUAAAAGCAUCCAAAGAGGACCAUGUCAUGGGACCUUUAACAUCCACUAAAUAGACUACCAUUGUUUUUUUUUGGCUGGUGGGGGAAGCUAAUCUACCAGCCAAUUUCAUAUUUUACCAGCAUUUGGCUGGUGGAUGGUGCUAAUUUUUAACCCUUUUCACCAAUCACACAAACACAUAAUUUUAUAUUCAUGAACUCUAUUUAAAGAAACUGAUAUAUUAAACACCUUUAUUGAAAUGGGAGCUCUGAGACCUCUGGUCCAGUUAUUUGCUUUUAGUCUUAGUUCGUGUGCUGUUUUCCGCAUUGAUUUUGCUUUGUGAUUCUCUUGAAUCUUCCCAUUUCUGCCCUGUUGACAUCCGUUCAGCUUGUGCAAUGACGCGGCUGCAAAAAGAAACUGCCAGUUUCUCAUGAGUAAUUCUGCCCAACGAUGGAAGAUUUCACUCAUUAAACAUGCGUCGAAGUUCCCUGUUGAGGUUGAAUGAGGAAUGCAACAGAACUUCAGCAAAAUAUGGUGACCUCAGCUGUUGGUGAUGAGGCCUGGAUGCAAGUCUAAAAAAAGAGUCUCAGUUCCAUGGUUAACUGAAAACCAGAAUUAAAAAAGCCCACUUACUACGCCCGGACCACCUCUAUACAUUCCACACACAAAGCCAGCCUUUUCAAUCCUUGAGUCUGAGCUGAACAUGCUUAUUUAAAUGAGCCAUGUUAUGAGAACUAGAAGUAUUAAUGACAGGCCUGCAGGGAAACCAAACGACCUGUAACCUCACUCAGCAAUCCUUCAUUUAUAAUUCCUUAAUUUUUUAACGAUUAUGUGACUGCCUCCACAUAGUUUGACGAAUCGCAGCCUGCCAAUAGGAUUCAGUGUGAGUUGUCUCAGGGGACUGGAAGCUAGAGUUGAUCAACAGCUUGGAGCGUGUUCAGGCAAGACGCACUGCCACAUUCUGCCUUUUCUUCAUCCUUGUACUGUAAGGAAACCUCAGAGCAUGUCGAAUUGCAACAAGCUCCUGGCGUUUUGAAUCGUUCUGCCAUUAUAUCUCCACAGUGGAUCAUGAGUAGAUGUUUGUGACAAGCGACGUUGAAUGAGAAUGCAGGACAAGGCCAACAGGGACUCACAAAAGAAGUCAUCGGGAGAGAUCAGUGAUCAACGUGUGCAACAGCUUCAAGAUGAGAGGAAAGCAGUGCGGAGGAGAACCUUCACCAGGUGGAUGAAUGUGUUUCUGCAGAGGCGUGAUCCUCCGAUUGAAGUGCACGACCUGUUCACAGACAUCCAGGAUGGCAGGAUACUGAUGGCUCUGCUGGAGGAGCUGUCUGGGUGCAAGCUACUUCAUAGGUUUAGGUCGUCUCCUCAUCGCAUUUUCCAACUGAACAACAUUUCCAAAGCCCUGGCGUUCCUGGAUGACAGACAUGUGAGUGUGUUUGCUUGUGAAGCUGCUUGGCAUCGAUGCCUCUGCUAUUGCUGAUGGGAUCCCCUGUGUUGUUCUUAACCUUGUCUGGAACAUGAUCUUGCAUUUUCAGGUAAAGGAGGUGACAGGAAGUCUCCAGAAACAUUUGUCUUCUAGCCUCUCUUCCUUAUCAAUGAGCAGUUACCCCUCCUCCAGCAACCUCUCGCCCCAGCCAAAUGACAUUGGCAGCUACUCCUGCAACACUAUGCCAAGCAAAGGCAGGAAGGCUGCCAGAGAGCCAAAGUACCAUGGGAAAGCAAUCAAGACUCUACUGCAGUGGGUCCAAAGAUGCACAUCAAAGUUUGGUGUGGAGAUGCAUGACUUUGGGAAGAGCUGGAGGAGCGGUUUGGCAUUCCUAGCCAUGAUUAAGUCCAUAAACCCAGCCUUGGUCGAUAUGAAGGAGAGUCUGCCCAGAGAGCCACGAGAAAAAAUUCAGCUGGCUUUCAUGAUAGCUCAUCACAGUUUGGAUAUACCACCUCUGCUGGAGCCUGAAGAUGUGUUAUGCACUUCACCAGAUGAGCAGUCCAUCAUCACCUAUGUGUCUAUGUUCCUGCGGCAUUGUUCAGGCACAAAUGAGGAUCACACAACAAAUAUUGAAGAUCCUGAGAUCCCAACCUUUGGAUCACUUGAGUCAGUCAGCUUUGAAGAGACCCUCGCUGAAGACCCAGAAGCCCAAGCUUUGCUCCAAAGAUUGCAGAAGAGUGACGAGCAGCUACUGUGGAUAAGCUGGGCUAGAAGAUCCUCAGGGAGCCCCUGUGCCACCUCGCUUCCCACAAGUGAAGCUACGUCACCUUGCGUCAAAAAGAAAAGCAGGUGUCGAAGCAUUUUACAACACCCUAGUCAAAUGGACGCAGGCGUAGUUGGUGAAGAGAUCCAAUCGUGGAAUGAGAAAGCGUCUGUGGACCAGGGCUACAGCAAUCAAAGAGCGGAUGAAAGCUUUUCUUUGAGCUCUGAAGAAGAAAUCCACAGCUUGUUGGCACUGGACUCAGAUGAGGAGGAUGCCUACAGCUACAUCCUGGAUCUGAAUAAAGAGGUUUUUCAACCAUAUAAUCAGCUGAUAAGACAAGCACCAAUGGUUGAAGAGGAAACAGAGAAAGAAAUGUUCCUGAAUGGACAGAAGACUGAACAUUCAAAACAUCUAGAAGUAUAUGAGACGUUAAACAGCACUGGAUGUAAACAUCAAGGAGGCUCACUUGCACAAAAUGUUGAAUCGGAAAUCAGGGAUCAGUCGGCGAUUCAUAGCAUAUUCGAUCGGGACAAAAAUGAAAGUAGUUCCAGAGAGAUGGCAAAAAGUAUGGCUGUGGUUAGCAUGAAGCUAGGGAAAGACAGCAGCGACAACGGUGAGGAAAGUGAAGAUGAGAGAGUUUUUAGAGGACAGAUUAAUGAUGAUAGUGAUUGUUGUGAAGAAGAACAGAGGAAGGUGAAGACAGAAAACACUCGAUUGGUGAAGCAUGGAUGUGAUAAAUUAGCGGUUCUUGUAGAUGAAAUCAAGAACACAAAGCUUUUUGAAGUGGCAAGUUGGAAAACAGAGUUUGAGGAAGAGUCUGUAAGAGGGAUUUUCGAAAAAGAUGGACAAGUGAGUGAAAAGAGAGUGGUAGACAAAGAAGAAGCAGAAGUAAAUGAAAAAGUAUCAUUUGAUAAGGCUGUACAUAAAGUCAGAGACGCCGGUGCGUGUAGCAUUAACACAAAGGAAGAAAAGGAUGGGAAUACCCCCAAAAUGGAAGAUGAAGACAAGGUAGACUACAGCAGUGCAGUCACAAAUUCAGUGGAUUUUGAGGAAGUAAGAACAGUAGAGGUGAAAGACAAGAUUAAGAAACAUAAACUCAUUGACAAGGUGGCAACAAGGAUAGAUCAUCCUGGUAAAACUGCCCCAAAAAAUGACACUAAUGGAGCUGUUAACGUCCGUAGUGGUGAGAGCUGGACUCCUGCCUGUAGUGGAAGUUCUCAGUCCUUCAGAGAGGGAGGAUUCAUCCUUCAGUCUUCAGCAGCCUCUUGUGACGUUACCCCAUUAGAGCUGGAAAUGCUCUUGGUCCUGUGGAUCCUUCUCUACAGCUGCUUCAUCCUAGCUUAAAUGAACUUCUGAGUCCCCCUGCAGUGCACUCUUCUUAUCAAGAUGUGCUCGUUAGCCCAGUUUCCAGUAACGAGCCAAACAAGGACACUUAAGGCUUUUUUUAAAGCUCUUUAUCUGUGUCACAAAAUCUACCGCAAGGCAACAUUUAAUGCUUGUGUUUGCUUUUUGCUGCCAGCUGAAAUAAAUUGUCAUUUGGGCAAUAGAUAAAACACAUAAUAGUGUUAUCCACGUUAUUACAUAUUUUGCUACU